UGCAGUACGUAUAUAGAUCCAGCACGCUGGACAGCUCCUUUGUCUGUACGUGUCAAAGAGGUGGAAGUCAACCGGCUCCCAAGACAGCUGUUUUAUCUCUUUAUUAGUGGAUUCCACAAGCUAAAGGGACGCCAGCAAAUGAGCAUUGAUCCAAAAGAUAUUCCCGUUAUCUCAGCUUUAUUCAAAAUAAAUCCUUACCAAAUUGCAGACGGUAAGAAGAGAGUUAAAUAGUGGAACACGUAAGCAUUCGCCCCAGCAGGGGAGAUGCUUGUUUGUAAGGAGCUGCAAAGAGCUUGCAACAUCAGGCAUUUCCUUCUGUUUUGAGGUUGCACUGGUGUAGACUGCAAGUAACCAAAGCCAUACCGCCAGCUGAUCCAGUGAUUUAAAAAACAAAAAAGCAAGUGAAGGAUACACUGCACACGCCGUAAUCUGGGUGUCGUGUAUCCUGUGCCUUUGCAGAUAAGGGCAAGCCACCUAGGGCAUCACAGCUGAUAUCUGACUUUGUUUUAACCCCCAAACUUGAACCAGAAUGUUGGAUCCAUCGUCCAGCGAGGAAGAGUCUGAUGAGAUCGUGGAAGAAGAAAGUAAGGAGGUACUUGCCCCAGCUACCGGAGCUCGCCUAUCCCCGAGCCGGACAAGUGAGAGUUCAGGCGGUCUGCAGCCCAGUAGCAGAAGCAGCAGUGUCCGGCCGUCAAGCCCUAGUCCGUCAGUGGUCAGCGAAAAGGAAAAGGAAGAACUCGAGAGACUACAAAAGGAGGAAGAAGAAAGAAAAAGGAAACUGCAGCUAUAUGUUUUCGUUAUGAGAUGUAUAGCUUAUCCUUUCAACGCGAAGCAACCAACAGAUAUGGCAAGGAGACAGCAAAAGAUAAGUAAGCAGCAACUUCAGACCAUCAAAGAUCGGUUCCAGGCUUUUCUUAAUGGGGAAACACAGAUCGUAGCAGAUGAGGCUUUUAUAAAUGCUGUACAAAGCUACUUUGAGGUAUUCUUAAAAAGUGACCGUGUAUCCAGAAUGGUCCAGAGUGGUGGAUGUUCUGCUAAUGACUCACGUGAAGUGUUUAAGAAACAUAUUGAAAAGAGAGUGCGGAGCUUGCCAGAGAUUGAUGGUCUCAGUAAAGAGACAGUCCUUAGUUCCUGGAUGGCCAAGUUUGAUGCUAUUUACCGUGGCGAGGAGGACCCUCGCAAACAACAAGCAAGGAUGACAGCAAGUGCAGCUUCUGAACUCAUCCUAAGCAAAGAGCAGUUGUAUGAAAUGUUUCAGCAAAUUCUGGGAAUCAAGAAGUUUGAACACCAGUUGUUGUACAAUGCAUGUCAGCUGGAUAAUCCAGACGAACAGGCAGCACAAAUUAGAAGAGAGCUAGAUGGACGCCUUCAAAUGGCAGAUCAAAUUGCAAAAGAACGCAAAUUUCCAAAGUUUGUGUCAAAGGAGAUGGAGAACAUGUACAUAGAAGAGCUGAAGUCAUCUGUAAAUUUGCUGAUGGCUAACUUGGAGAGCAUGCCAGUGUCUAAAGGUGGAUCUGAGUUCAAACUUCAGAAGCUGAAACGUGGCCACAAUACUUCUAUCAUUGACAUGGGAGAGGAAAAUGAAAACCAGCUGUCCAAAUCAGAUGUUGUCCUGGCUUUUAACCUCGAGGUUGUUAUAAUGGAAGUCCAGGGGCUAAAAUCGUUGGCUCCAAACCGCAUUGUGUACUGUACAAUGGAAGUAGAAGGGGGUGAAAAACUGCAGACAGAUCAAGCUGAAGCAUCCAAACCUAUGUGGGGAACACAAGGAGACUUCACCACUACACAUCCACUUCCUGCAGUAAAGGUGAAACUCUUCACUGAGAGCACUGGUGUCCUGGCUUUAGAAGAUAAAGAACUGGGACGGGUUGUUUUACAUCCAACACCGAACAGUCCAAAGCAACCGGAAUUUCACAAAAUGGCUGUUUCCAAAAAUUGUCCAGACCAUGAUUUAAAAAUUAAACUGGCAGUUCGGAUGGACAAGCCUCAGAACAUGAAACACUGUGGGUAUUUGUGGGUAAUCGGCAAAAACGUAUGGAAAAGGUGGAAGAAGAGGUUCUUUGUCCUAGUGCAGGUUAGUCAGUACACGUUUGCGAUGUGUAGUUACCGGGAGAAAAAGGCGGAACCUCAGGAGCUCCUGCAGCUUGAUGGAUAUACUGUGGAUUACACCGAUCCACAACCAGGUUUGGAGGGUGGCAGAGCCUUCUUCAAUGCAGUGAAAGAGGGGGACACAGUUAUCUUUGCAAGUGAUGAUGAACAAGACCGAAUUCUUUGGGUCCAAGCUAUGUAUCGUGCUACUGGUCAGUCACACAAACCUGUGCCUCCAACACAAGUUCAGAAGCUUAAUGCUAAAGGAGGAAAUGUGCCCCAGCUGGAUGCUCCGAUAUCCCAGUUUUCUGGACUGAAGGAUGCUGAUAGAGCUCAAAAACAUGGAAUGGAUGAAUUUAUCUCUUCUAAUCCUUGUAACUUUGACCACGCUACACUAUUUGAGAUGCUUCAGCGACUCACACUGGACCAUAGGCUUAACGACUCUUACUCUUGUCUGGGUUGGUUUAGUCCUGGGCAGGUAUUCGUCCUUGAUGAAUACUGUGCGCGAUAUGGAGUUCGAGGCUGCCACAGACAUCUUUGCUACCUUGGAGAUUUACUUGAACGAGCAGAAAAUGGAGCGAUGGUUGACCCCACCUUAUUGCACUACAGCUUUGCAUUUUGUGCUUCACAUGUUCAUGGUAACAGACCGGAUGGAAUUGGUACCGUAACAGUAGAUGAGAAAGAACGUUUUGAAGAAAUCAAAGAAAGACUCCGCCUGCUUCUAGAGAAUCAGAUAACACAUUUUAGAUAUUGCUUCCCAUUUGGUCGACCUGAGGGUGCUCUGAAGGCUACUUUAUCUCUGCUGGAGAGGGGUCUGAUGAAAGACAUAGUAACGCCGGUCCCACAAGAAGAGGUAAAAGCUGUCAUUCGAAAAUGUUUAGAGAAAGCCGCAUUAGUGAAUUAUACUCGACUAUCUGAGUAUGCCAAAAUUGAAGGGAAAAAGAGAGAAAUGUAUGAGCAUCCUGUCUUCUGCUUGGCCUCUCAAGUGAUGGAUUUAACCAUUCAAAAUGUAGGCCGAUUAGUAACUCCGGCCAAAAAACUUGAAGAUACAAUUCACCUAGCUGAGCUGGUGAUAGAGGUUUUGCAGCAAAAUGAGGAACAUCAUGCAGAGGGAAAAGAGGCCUUUGCCUGGUGGUCAGACUUAAUGGUAGAGCAUGCGGAGACAUUCUUAUCGCUGUUUGCCGUGGAUAUGGACGCCGCCCUUGAAAUGCAACCCCCAGAUACCUGGGAUAGCUUCCCACUCUUUCAGCUGCUAAAUGAUGUUCUACGAAGUGACUACAAUUUAUGCAAUGGGCAGUUCCACAAGCACCUCCAAGAUCUGUUCGCUCCACUUGUUGUUAGAUAUGUUGACCUCAUGGAGUCAUCAAUUGCACAAUCAAUACACCGGGGCUUUGAACGAGAAUCAUGGGAACCUGUAAAGAGUUUAACAAGUAAUCUUCCAAAUAUGAAUCUUCCAAAUAUGAAUCUUCCUAAAGUACCAAAUCUGCCAGUUAACCUCCCUCAAAUGCCUAGCUUUUCUGCACCGUCAUGGAUGGCUGCUAUCUAUGAUGCCGAUAAUGGCUCAGGUACAUCUGAGGAUUUGUUCUGGAAGCUUGAUGCCUUGCAAACUUUCAUUCGAGAUCUGCACUGGCCUGAAGAAGAAUUUGCAAAACACUUAGAACAGCGUCUGAAGCUCAUGGCAAGUGAUAUGAUUGAAUCAUGUGUCAAGAGAACAAGAAUUGCAUUUGAAGUGAAGUUGCAGAAAACCAGCCGAUCAACAGAUUUUCGUGUCCCACAGUCAAUAUGCACCAUGUUCAAUGUCAUGGUUGAUGCCAAAAGUCAAUCAACAAAACUGUGCAGCAUGGAGCUGGGUCAAGAGCAUCAGUAUCAUUCUAAAAUAGAUGAACUGAUUGAAGAAACUGUAAAAGAAAUGAUAACACUUCUAGUAGCAAAGUUCGUCACUAUUCUAGAAGGUGUCCUCGCUAAGCUGUCACGAUAUGAUGAAGGCACGUUGUUUUCAUCAUUUCUUUCAUUUACAGUAAAGGCAGCCUCCAAAUAUGUGGAUGUACCAAAACCUGGAAUGGACUUGGCUGAUGCCUAUGUGACAUUUGUUCGCCACUCUCAGGAUGUCCUGCGUGACAAGGUCAAUGAGGAGAUGUAUAUAGAAAGGUUAUUUGAUCAAUGGUAUACCAGUACAAUGAACGUUCUCUGCACCUGGCUUACGGAUCGUAUGGACUUACAACUUCACAUUUAUCAGCUAAAAACCUUAAUUAGGAUUGUAAAGAAAACGUAUAGGGAUUUCCGGCUACAGGGUGUUCUUGAUUCGACUCUUAACAGCAAAACAUAUGAGACCGUACGGAAUCGGCUCACUGUAGAGGAAGCCACAGCAUCAGUAAGUGAAGGAGGUGGUCUACAAGGAAUAACAAUGAAAGACAGUGAUGAAGAAGAGGAUGAAGAUUAGUUAUUUAUUGUUAGAGACCCACAAUGGAUGUAGCCUGGUAAACGAUGCAUGUACAAACUUUUUACUCAGUUAGUUACAUCAGAACUUUUUCUUUCUGUCAGCUCUGAAAGCCCCAUGAAAAGCUGUACUAACAGGAUAUUAUUUUUUGCUGUGAGACAAAGUUAGCACUAAUACUUGACUCAUUGGUUUCUUACUUAAUUUCUAAAUGUUCAUAAGCAAUAUGAAGUACCAUUCGUUCAAUAGUGUUAACUGAAAAUCCAUAGGAUCGAUACUAGGCGUGUCCCUGUAAAAUGCAAACUUAUAUGGCUUCUUUAUUAAUAAACUGUACAUACAUUGAUGGCAAACUGUUGUGAAGAAAAGUGAAUUAGGUACUUUUAAUUUAUUUGUAUAUCUUGAGUGGAUACCAGCUGCUUGAGACAAGUAAAAUGCCCUGUAUUGUAUCUAAAUUAAGUUUAAAGCCAAUAGAAUUUAUUAUUUUGUAUUAUUUUCUUUUAUCUUACUGAAGAAUGUUGUUGUCUGAGACAUUAUAAUUACAUAAUUAAGUUAUAUAGCUAUGUUUUAAUACCAUUUAUCUAAACUGCACUUUUAAUAAAAAUUCAGGAUAAACAGAUAAAAUAUAUAGUAAAUGAGUUGGGAUUUUGAGAUAGCAAAAUACCUUUAUACUUUUUUUGUCAUUGUAAAUGUAUGUCUCAAAAGAACAAGGUAUUACAAGCAGUUGAUUUAUGUAUUAAGGAUGUUUACAUUACAGAUUAAUUAAAUACAGGUUUUGUUUACCCAUAUAUGUAAAAAUACUUUAUAACUCUUAGACAUUAAAUGUUUAUAUUCA